CUUCUGCAAACAAGCCCUCCUUACGCUGUAUAUCUCCUCCUCUUCCGAAGGAGUUCUAGGGUUUCUGAUCCCCUAUUCGGCGAUCCAUCGCUCAAUUGAUCGAGGGUUUUCCUAGUUUUUUCGGAGUCAUGGCGACGCAGCAAGCGCCGGUGAUGGAUCCUGCGUUGCUGGACGAUAUCAUCAAUCGGUUGCUCGAGGUGCGCACGGCCCGACCUGGGAAGCAGGUGCAGCUCUCGGAAGCGGAGAUCCGGCAGCUCUGCGUCGUUUCUCGCGAAAUCUUUAUCAGUCAACCCAAUCUCCUCGAGCUUGAAGCCCCCAUUAAGAUCUGCGGUGACAUACAUGGCCAAUACAGUGACCUUUUAAGGCUUUUUGAAUACGGUGGCUUUCCUCCUGAUGCCAAUUAUUUAUUCUUAGGCGAUUAUGUGGAUCGGGGUAAACAAAGCUUGGAAACAAUAUGUCUUCUUCUUGCAUAUAAAAUCAAAUACCCAGAGAACUUCUUCCUUCUGAGAGGGAAUCAUGAAUGCGCUUCUAUAAACAGGAUAUAUGGAUUUUAUGAUGAAUGUAAACGGCGGUUUAACGUCAGGCUCUGGAAGGUCUUUACUGAUUGUUUUAACUGCCUCCCUGUAGCCGCUCUUAUAGAUGACAAAAUACUCUGCAUGCAUGGUGGCCUGUCUCCUGAUCUUUCAAACUUGGAUCAAAUAAAGAGCCUAAGCCGCCCAACUGAUGUUCCAGACACUGGUUUGCUCUGUGACUUACUUUGGUCAGAUCCUGGGAGAGACGUACAGGGGUGGGGAAUGAAUGAUAGAGGUGUUUCUUAUACCUUUGGUACCGAUAAGGUGUCAGAAUUCUUAACAAAGCAUGAUCUAGAUCUUGUGUGCCGAGCUCAUCAGGUUGUUGAGGAUGGUUAUGAGUUUUUUGCUGAUAGACAACUUGUUACCAUAUUCUCUGCUCCAAAUUACUGUGGUGAAUUUGACAAUGCUGGUGCCAUGAUGAGUGUUGAUGAAACAUUGAUGUGUUCUUUCCAAAUACUCAAACCCGCAGAGAAGAAGACCAAAUUUAUGAUGUCGACUAAAAUAUGAUGUCAGGGAAACCUGGUUUUCGCUACUCUGGUUAAGAAUGUUUUUCACUCAAUGACUGUGGAAGGACACACUAUAGAGGGUGCGGUGCGGAGCUAAGUAGCAGUGAAGUCAGCAGAUGAAAAGAGGUCAAUGAGCCGGAAAAUGAAUCACUUGUGACCUGAAAGAAGGAUGGAAGGAUUGGAUGUUUAUUUGAGAACAAUCAAUUCUUUUGUAUGGCAAAAGCCAGAAUGUUUUGAGUUUCCUUUUGAGUGUGUGGAACCUUAUGCUGCUACUGUACAUACUCUUGCUGUAAAGGCCUAAGUAAACCACUUGUGCUCCUUCAACAUUCUCAUUCUCAAUUAACUUUCUUGUUUUCUCUUCCAUAU